AUGUUUUCUUGUAAUUGUUCAUUAUUAACUACAAUAAUUAGUUUUAUACUCAUAAUUAAUGUGAUUGUAUUGAUUGAUGGUAAACCAUGUCGUUAUUGGUGCAAAACUCAAAAAAAUUCAUUUUACUGCUGUCCUGAGGGACAACCAAUUGACGAUCAAGUUGAAGACAAUGAAUUUGAAUCUUGGCCUAACUCACCUGUGUUUUUUGUCGCAAUUUUAAAAUCCUUUGGGUGGAACGUACCUUUUCACGUGAAUAAAAAAAUUAUAAAUAAAAAAUGUCCACCUUUGAGACACUAUUGUCCAAGAAGUUUUUUUUGGAGCGAUCCUCCGGAGUUGUGCGAGCACGAUAAUAAUUGUGACACUAAUUCAAAAUGUUGCUACGAUAUUUGUCUGGAAGAUAAAGUUUGUAAGCCAUCAGAGUAA